UAAAAAUGUAUAGUGGGAAUUUCACAGCUUUCCAAUUUGCGAACUCGGUUCGAAUUCUCCUUCCCGUUUUCCUGCAAAGAUGGGACGCAUGUGGCAGCUUUUUGUCAAGGGGAUAAAUGGAAAGUCAAUCCUUGUGGAUAUCCACCAGGACGCCACAGUGGACGAACUUAUUGACAAGAUUAGUGAGAAGAAUAAGAUCCCGCCGACGACUCAGCGCGUCAUAUUCGCAGGCAAACAGCUUGAGUAUGGUCAGGGAAAACACCUGACCGACUACAAAAUACAAAACAACUCCACCCUCUUCGUCGUGCUUCGUCUGAGGGGAGGCAGCGGCACCUCUCCUCCACCUAAGCAAUUGGACGACGACGUCGAGACCACCGAGGCUCCUGAUAUGAUCAGUUGGGAGGAUGACCCUAGCAUCCCCCGAGCCAAGAUGUCUUGUGGCCACGCCAUCACUCCGGGGUCACUCACCACCUAUGGCGAAAGUCUUUUGAGCGAAGGAAAAUACGUCUUCAAGUGUCCUUACGUAAGCCCAAGUGGGAAGCGUUGUCGCAAAGAAUGGCACUAUUCUGAAGUCCGUCGCAUCGCCGUUCUUACAGAAGAUGAGAAGAAGCAGUUCGAGACCCAGAUCUCCGACAACUACCUCCUCAAGGGUAUGGGCAUUCAGGAGUGUCCCAAGUGUCGCUCCUACUGUGAGCGAAGCAACAAGGAUAAGCGUGUGGUGUGUCCCUUCUGCUCGGCUUCUGACGGCGUGGAGUACCACUUCUGCUGGCAUUGCCUGCGCAAGUGGGUAGGGGGCGGUGCUGAGCAGUGCGGCAACGACGACUGCAGCGGGGAAGACCCGCGCCUGAAGAUACUCCGCGACUGCGAGAAGAAAACCAUCGUGAAGGUGGUAGGCUGUCCCUCCAUCAGAGCUUGCCUGAAGUGUGGCAUGCUCAUCGAGCAUGAGGAGGCCUGCAAGCACAUGACCUGUACGACGUAUAGCCAGAUGUUCUGCUUCAUCUGCCUGAAGCCAGCCCAGAACGGAAGCUACCAGUGCGGCAGUUACAACAGCCCGUGCAAGAUCGCCGACGUACAGAAGACCAUUCCUGGUGACAACUAAACUGAAAAUGUGUCUAGGCAAGAUUAAAUCUUAAUUACCGAAUUUGUGGCGUCAGGCGUGGCGUAACUGGUAGAGCGUUCGGCUCGGAAC